UUUGCGUGGCAGAUGGCGCCCUUUGGAAUGUGGUAGCCUUCAUAGACGUCGUCCUCCAUCACUACGUGUGGAACACCGAGAGGAGUGGCUUGUCGCCAUCUGACGAUUUCUUUGACGGUGGCUCGCAGACGUGGCAGAUUUGGCAUGUCCUUCAUCUCGGGUGGGUGGUUGCCGCAAACACGGUCCAAUUCCUCGACCACGUGCGCUUGCCAAGAUGGGUAGUGGCACAUGGCAGUGAAGAAAGCGUGGAGUGGACCCCCAACAGUAGCGAUGGCGACGAAAGAGCUGGAUCCGAUGGCGUGUGCAGCCUCGUAGAAGUCGAGGUGCUCGGUACCCUUUUCGUUCUCGAGCCAGAGCUUGCUCCACGAACCCUCGAGACGGCCUUCCUGGGACUUCUGUUGGGCGUCCUGAAGCGCCUCCAUGAAGGCGUCAGACAUCUGCUUCUUGCGGAUCUGCUCCUGCUGCUUCCACGGCGAGACAGACUCUGGCAAGUUGGAGAGGAAGGUAAGCUUAUUGAUCAGAGGGCCGGCUGGCGAGACAGCCUUGAGAAUAAUGGGGAUAAUGGUGAGAAGCUUGCUUCCGUGUCGUGGAUCGGCCCAGGCAACACCGGCGAUUGUGCGUGCGCAGUGGACCAGCAUGUGCUCAGACCAGUGAUCUGGGUUUUCCAGCAUGCGACGGAGAGUUCGCUUGUUCUCGUCUGCGGGCCAGCCGUAGAAAGUGCGUGGGUUGGCGUGUCGCAUGAUCAAGUGCAUGAAGUUCUUGUAUCGUCGGAAUUGCUCGCCGUAGCCCAUGAGUGGCAGAAUCUCAGCGCCCUCACGUACACCAACAGCGGCGGGCAGCUCGUUGCGAUCGCAGUAGUUCCGUUGUCUCGUCACAAACAGGUCCUUGGCAAUCUUGUCGGUCUCGAUCCAGAUGUGAAGGGUACCCAUCACCUGCCACUCGUAGAUUGGACCGUACUUCUUGUGAAGCUCGCCGAAAUGCCAUGCGGCCUCAAUACCGGGGCCCGGCACAUCCCAAAAUCGGCCUGCCCAUGGAAGACCAGGCCCUUUCCGUGGGAGAGGCUUCACGCCGGCCGGCAGCUUCUGCUUCUGGCCCGUGACUCUCGCGGCGACGACAGUAAUGACUAAUAGGAAAAUAAGGAUGAACUUUGGCUGUGUGAAAAGUGAUGUGGUGUUGUCGAGAGGGCCGUCCAGGGCGACGUUCUUGACGGCCUGUGUGGCAUUGCUGGCUGCGUAGAGCAAAUGCUCUGCGGGUGACUGGAUGACGGAAGCCAUGAUGCUGUGUUGGACAAUUGCUAUGCAAUCAAUGAAGCAGUCAGGUCGCGCAGCUGGGAGGCAGUGGUAUGUAUGUAUAAGAAUGGAUCGGGGCCUCGGAGGCAAUGGAAACCAAAGCGAAAGGGAGCCGUGCAGUGACCUAGUAAGUUGUAACGGUGGUCUCUCCAACGGUGGGUCUGGCGCUGGCGCUGGCGCUCGUGCGGGUGGGCGCUCCGUCACAGCCUACCGUUACGCCUACGCCGGCCAUCAGGAUCGUCCUGCAGCAGAAACUCUCCCUGAGCUGGUCGGAGGAAUGGUGGAGAGCCGUGUCUAUAUAGCUGCGCUGCGCUGUGCUUACUGGCACUUCCCACGUGAACACAGGGCUAGCCUGGUCGAGGAAGGCGGCUCCCCAAAUUUAGGACCGCACACGUUCCUCCUUUCCUCGGCCUCUGUGUCGCAUCCAUCAGGCCCUCGCAACCUGAGAGAUUAUAAUAACCUCAUAAACGGCUCAGGUUAUGGCGCCUUAUAA